GACCAAGCUGCAGAGAAUGAGGACUUUUGCUGGCAAAAUCAAGGAACAGGCCAUCAUUUUUCUUCCCUUUGUUGGCUUUGAGCUAAAGGAACUACCAUAAUACGAGCGCUGGUGUAGGAUUUCUCGAGCAGCAGUGUCUUCAACAUGAAGCUUGCAGUUGCCUUUGCGGUAGCGAUCGCCUGUAGCGCAGUCCAGGGCAGUCCCGUGGAAAAAGCAAGCCACUACGUGCGCGUGGAGGGCGUCGAUGCUGUGUGCCAAUCCGCCAAUCUUCACCAUGGCGGAACGAUGGACGUGGAAAAGCUGAAGGCUCUCUGCGAUGCCAAUGAGGCCUGUCUGGGAUUCCACUCGAAUGGCAUGCUAAAAAAGGAUACCAGCAUCGGUUGUCAAAGCAACGAUCUCGCUAAUGGCGCUGCACUCUACUUGAAGAGAUCGGAGUCGCCCGACGCCGCCCAGCUUCCCGUACUUCCCGUGCCUACAUCAGCCACGAUGGGAACUGCAGCCGCCACCAUUGCCUCUAACUUUGUGUUCGCAACGAAGACCACCAGCGAUGAUGUACGUCAGUUCAUGGCGACCGCAUCCGCUGAGUACUGGAGUCUGAUCAUCACCCACAAGUCGAACAAUAAUAAGACAACAACUGGCUUGACUGGCAUGAACAUCAUUGUUGAUAGCACCGACAUGUCUCUGGGAUUGACCACCGAUGAGUCGUACAAACUCAGCAUCCCAUCCAGUGGAGCAGUGACUCUGACGGCAGCAAAUGUGUUUGGAGCACGUCAUGGUCUGGAGACAUUCAGUCAGCUGGUGGUAUUUGAUGUAGAGAGCGAAACAUACAUGGUAGCCAACACACCAAUUGAGGUCGACGACAAGCCGCGUUUUCCUCACCGCGGCAUUCUGCUCGACACCUCCCGCCACUACCACAGCUUGCCAACCAUCAAGCGCUUUGUGCGCUCGCUGAGCCACGCCAAGCUGAACGUUUUCCACUGGCACAUCGUCGACAGUCAGUCGUUCCCCCUGCAGCUACACUCACUGCCCAACAUUGUCAAGGGUGCUUACACGCCGGAGGAGAUCUACACUCCGGAGGACGUGGCCGACAUCGUCGCCUACUCCAAACUGCACGGCGUGCGAGUCAUUCCCGAGUUCGACACACCCGGCCAUGCUGGCUCCUGGUGCACUGGCUACCCGGAGAUCUGCCCGUCUCCGUCUUGCACGCAACCCCUCAACCCUGCUACGAAUCAGACGUUCGAUGUUAUCGGCAAGCUCAUCACGGAAUGCAAGGGAUUGUUCACAGAUGACUACUUUCACUUGGGUGGUGAUGAGGUUAACCCAUCCUGUUGGAACAAGACUGAUUCCAUCCGCACCUGGAUGACGGAGAAGAAGUUCUCCACCGAUGAUGCCUACAAAUACUUUGUGGCCGUAACCCAUGCCCUGGCGCGCUCCCUGGGCCGCAAGAGUGUCCACUGGGAGGAGGUGUUCAAUCACUUUGGUGGUUCUCUCGACAAGGACACAAUCUUCCAGGUGUGGCUGAGCCAUGCAACAGCUGCAAAGAUCGUUGCCGAGGGCUACCAGUGUAUCCUUAGCAACCAAGAUGUCUGGUACCUUGAUCAUCUGACAAUCUCCUGGCAGCAGUUCUAUGGCAAUGAUCCCUAUAUGGGCAUCACGGAUCCCAAGCAGCAGCAGCUGAUGAUGGGCGGCGAGACUUGCAUGUGGUCCGAGACCGUCGACGACUCCGACCUUUUCAACACAGUGUGGCCUAGAGCUGCCGCAGCCGCAGAGCGCCUGUGGAGCCCUGCCACGGUCGUUUCCACGGAAGCUUUCCAGCCGCGCCUGGCAUCCUUCCGCUGCCUCCUUACCCGUCGAGGCAUCGGUGCAGCUGCGAUUGGAAACAAGCAGGCUCGAUCUGCUCCUCCAGGACCCGGUAGCUGCUUCUCUCAGUAACAAGUCUUGCUUCAGUUUAGUUUGUUUGUCAAAUACUCCCGUUUGGUUUCAUCGUGAUUUGAACGUGGAAUUUGGUAUAGUGUAGUGCAAUGUUCAGCGGCUAGUGAGCCGCAAUUUUUGGACAUGUGAACUAUAAAACCUGAUUUGUGCAGGCAAAGAGAUGGUAUUGCCACGCUGACACUUUUUCCAUGACUUCGUGUUUGUGUCCCUCUUGUCGUUAGUCUGUUCUUUCUGAUGUCAAACUCAGUGUUGCACAUCAAAUAUUACUUUAGUAUUUCA